AUGUUCGUCAAUCGUUGACUUUUCUCUACCAACCACAAAGACAUCGGCACUCUUUAUCUCCUAUUUGGAGCUUGAGCUGGGAUGGUGGGAACAGCCCUCAGCCUGCUAAUUCGAGCAGAAUUAGGUCAGCCAGGGACUCUACUCGGGGAUGAUCAAAUCUAUAAUGUAAUCGUCACCGCACAUGCCUUUGUAAUAAUCUUCUUUAUAGUCAUGCCUAUUAUAAUUGGAGGCUUCGGGAACUGGCUUGUCCCCCUGAUAAUUGGGGCUCCUGACAUAGCCUUCCCCCGAAUAAAUAAUAUGAGCUUCUGACUUCUCCCCCCUUCAUUCCUUCUUCUACUAGCCUCCUCAAUAGUAGAAGCUGGGGCGGGGACUGGCUGAACUGUUUAUCCACCUCUAGCCGGUAAUCUUGCACAUGCUGGAGCCUCAGUGGAUCUUACUAUUUUCUCCCUUCACUUAGCUGGAGUAUCAUCUAUUUUAGGGGCUAUUAACUUUAUUACAACUAUUAUUAAUAUGAAAGCCCCUGCAAUAUCUCAAUAUCAAACCCCCUUAUUCGUAUGAUCUGUUCUAAUCACAGCCGUACUUCUUCUUCUCUCUUUACCAGUCCUAGCUGCUGGCAUUACAAUGCUUUUAACAGACCGAAACUUAAAUACAACCUUCUUUGAUCCUGCAGGAGGAGGAGACCCUAUCCUCUACCAACACCUAUUCUGAUUUUUCGGGCACCCCGAAGUAUAUAUUCUUAUUCUUCCAGGAUUUGGAAUAAUUUCGCACAUUGUGACAUACUAUUCCGGGAAAAAAGAGCCAUUUGGCUAUAUAGGAAUAGUAUGAGCUAUAAUAUCAAUUGGUUUCCUUGGAUUUAUCGUAUGGGCCCAUCAUAUAUUUACAGUAGGAAUAGAUGUAGACACACGAGCCUACUUUACAUCAGCUACCAUAAUCAUCGCUAUCCCUACUGGAGUCAAAGUAUUUAGCUGGCUAGCAACACUGCAUGGCGGCAACAUCAAAUGAUCCCCCGCUAUGCUCUGAGCUCUAGGCUUUAUUUUCCUAUUUACAGUAGGCGGUCUUACAGGAAUUGUGCUAGCCAACUCCUCUUUAGACAUCGUACUACAUGACACCUACUAUGUAGUAGCUCACUUCCACUAUGUCCUAUCUAUGGGGGCUGUAUUUGCUAUUAUAGGAGGAUUUGCCCAUUGAUUCCCCCUAUUCUCAGGCUAUACCCUUGACCCAACCUGAGCUAAAAUUCACUUCACUGUGAUAUUUGUAGGAGUCAACUUAACUUUCUUCCCUCAACAUUUCCUUGGCCUCUCAGGUAUACCCCGACGGUACUCAGACUACCCGGACGCCUAUACAAUAUGAAAUACUGUUUCAUCAAUAGGCUCAUUCAUUUCCCUAACUGCCGUAAUAGUAAUAAUUUUUAUAAUCUGAGAAGCCUUCGCCUCAAAACGAGAAGUAGAGACUAUUGAACUAACAACCACAAACCUAGAAUGACUUCAUGGAUGCCCUCCCCCAUACCAUACAUUUGAAGAACCCGCUUUCGUAAAAGCUUAG